GGCGCUGUUCCCUGAGUGUCUUUUGACAGACUGCCAUUUGUUGUCGAAUCUUGUUGAGUCCUAUCGUAGCCAGCGUCGUCGGAGCCGGCCGAAACGUUUUCGAACCUCCAGACCCUCCUCGGCCGUGCUUCGCAACAGGCGAGAAAAAAAUUAGUAGAGAUUUCUCUUACUGUGCAAACCAUUGAAUCGAUCUCGAGUAAUAAAAGGUCGUACUGCUCUCUCGAAUAGAAGACUUUCAAAACUUUUUACAAUCCUUUGAUCCUAAUUCUCGUGCCAUCGGUAUCUCUAAUCGCAAUUUCAUCCGACCAUAAUCUCGUUCUCCUCAUAUCAUCAUCAUCGACAACAACAACGACAACAUGUGCAAAUCCACAUUCCACUCUUUCCUUCAGGAGCUCCCCAAGUGCGAGCAUCACAUGCACCUGGAGGGCUCUCUCUCCCCUGAGGUUCUGUUCACAUUGGCCAAGCGCAACAACAUCACCCUGCCCCAGGACGACGAUGCCUUCCAAUCCCCUGAGACUCUCCUGGCUCGUUACAGCCGCUUCACUUCUCUGGAUGACUUCUUGCACUAUUACUACAUCGGCAUGUCCGUCUUGAUCUCAGAGUCUGAUUUUGAGGACUUGGCUAUGGACUACUUCCGUCACGCCGCAGCAGAUGGUCUGGCCCACGCUGAAGUUUUCUUCGACCCUCAAGCACACAUCGAGCGCGGUAUUACUUACAACACCGUUCUCGCUGGAUUCAGUGCCGCCCGUGCUCGUGCUGAGAAGGAGUUCGGUAUUACCAGCGAGCUGAUCUGCUGUUUCUUGCGUCACUUGCCCGUCCCCAACUGUAUGUCCAUGUUCAAGGAUGCCGAUGUUCAGGCCAGUUUCAAGAACGGCUCAGUCACCGGUAUUGGCCUUGACUCUAGCGAGAAGCCUUUCCCUCCUGCUUUGUUCGAGGAGAUCUACGCAGGUGCGAAGGAGCUCGGUCUCCGCCGUACUGCUCACGCCGGUGAGGAGGGUCCUGCUACCUUCAUCUCUGAUGCUCUGGAUGUUCUCAAGGUCGAGCGUAUUGACCACGGUAUCCGUCUGGUCGAAGACGAGGCUCUGCUCCAGAAGAUCGCCAAGGAUGGCACCAUGCUUUCUGUGUGCCCUCUCAGCAACAAGGUGUUGUGCUGCGUCAAGGAGAUCAGCGAAGUCCCCAUUCGCAAGUUUUUGGAUGCUGGCGUCAAGUUCAGCAUCAACAGUGACGACCCGGCUUACUUCGGUGGCUACAUUCUCGACAACUACUGCGCUGUUCACGAAGCCUUCAACCUGUCGGUCGCAGAGUGGACUAGCAUCUGCCGUGCCGGUAUCGAGGGCAGUUGGUGCUCUCAGGCCAGAAAGGACGAGAUGCUGGCUCGCCUCGACGAGGUCGUCGGACGCUGGGCCCCUAAGCUCUCUGCUUAAGCGAUUCACACCAUGGUGUUUCGUUGAAACGAAUCUUCGAGGGGUAACCCUGUUUCUUGGCCUUUGGAUCGUCGAACAAGUUUUGAGCAAAAAUUUGGAUCCUACCACGAUUAGGUCGCAUGACAGCUACGCUUAAGAUCUCGGCUAUAUUUGGACGAAUGUCACUGUUUGCUGCACUUUGGUGUUACAUUGGCGUCCUAUGCACGCGCAGGCUGCAAAUCGGACAUUCCUUGCAUCGAAUCGCUCCUGCCUCAACCAGACGGCUGGGUGUCGGGCAAUACAUGGAAAAAAUCAAUAGACGAGGACACUCGGACUGACGACCGACAACCAUUUGUGGAAGGAGCGCCUGGACGGGCAAUUAUCGAAAGAGGCUUGUGGUGAGGCUGUCGGCGU